UUGUGUCGUCCCAACUUGCGUCAUCCCACGUACUUAUUUCGGAAAUAAUGAGAUUUAUUUAAGAAAAUAGUGUAUAUUUCCCCCCAAGAUGUCUUCGUCUGCGAUAUACAUUUUGGACGUCAAAGGUAAAGUCCUCAUAUCGAGGAACUACCGCGGCGAUGUGGACAUGGGCGUCAUCGACAAGUUCAUGCCUUUGCUGAUGGAUAAGGAAGAGGAAGGGAUGUUGACACCUUUGCUGCAGACUAGCGAAUGUACGUUCUCCUACAUCAAGACCAACAACCUCUAUAUCGUGUCAACUACGAAGAAAAACGCUAACAUAGCGCUAGUUUUCGUAUUUCUCUACAAGAUCGUUGAAGUCAUGACUGAGUAUUUCAAGGAGCUUGAAGAGGAGAGUAUUCGCGACAAUUUUGUGGUUAUCUACGAGCUGCUAGACGAACUUAUCGACUUUGGGUAUCCUCAGACGACGGACAGUAAGAUCCUGCAGGAGUACAUCACUCAAGAAGGACAUAAACUGGAGAUGCAGCCGAGAAUACCAAUGGCGGUCACAAAUGCAGUAUCAUGGAGGUCAGAAGGCAUAAAGUACAGAAAGAAUGAAGUGUUCCUAGAUGUGAUUGAAUCAGUCAAUUUGCUUGCCAAUGCUAACGGCAAUGUGUUACGGAGUGAGAUUGUUGGUGCCAUAAAAAUGAGAGUUUAUCUGUCGGGCAUGCCGGAGCUACGGUUGGGUUUGAAUGAUAAAGUGCUUUUUGAGAGCACAGGCCGAGGCAAGUCCAAGUCUGUUGAGCUUGAAGAUGUUAAAUUCCAUCAAUGUGUCAGGUUAUCCCGAUUUGAGAAUGACAGAACCAUCUCCUUCAUUCCUCCCGAUGGUGAAUUUGAGCUCAUGUCCUACAGGUUAAACACUCAUGUGAAGCCAUUGAUUUGGAUUGAGUCAGUUAUUGAGCGCCAUGCUCACUCCAGGGUUGAAUACAUGAUCAAAGCCAAAUCGCAGUUUAAAAGACGUUCCACAGCCAACAACGUGGAGAUUAUCAUUCCUGUGCCUGCAGAUGCUGAUUCCCCUAAAUUCAAAACGACCAUUGGCAGCGUGAAAUACACACCGGAACAGAGUGCUAUAACCUGGUCUAUUAAAUCCUUCCCAGGAGGCAAAGAGUACCUAAUGAGAGCUCAUUUCGGUUUACCAUCCGUAGAAUGUGAGGAGGUUGACGGCAAGCCACCAAUUCAGGUCAAAUUCGAGAUACCCUACUUCACUACAUCGGGCAUUCAAGUCAGAUACCUGAAGAUCAUUGAGAAGAGUGGCUACCAAGCUCUGCCAUGGGUGCGGUAUAUUACCCAGAACGGAGACUAUCAACUUAGAACCAACUGAGCAAUAUAAGUUGUUAUUAUUACAUUCCUUUUAUUAUAAGUUGCACUUAUCAUGUUAUUAAUAUUGUUUGCUGAGUUAACACUGUCAUUAUAGGUAUGAAAUAAUGGAAAUAGUAUUAUGUAUUGACACGGUAAUAAAAUAAAAUAUUCUUACAAGAUAA